AUGCCGCCCACCGCCUCCGCCUCCGCCUCCGCCAUCGUCGCCGAGACGGCGAGCGGGUACCACCACCUCAAGAUCCGCGGCUACUCAAGCCUCAAGGCCAUCCCCAGCGGCCAGGGCCUCAUUUCCGGCCCUUUCACCGUCGGAGGCCAUCGCUGGAGAAUCCUCUACUACCCCAACGGCAACCAGGCGGAGAGCGCGGGCCACGUGUCCGUCUACCUCUACCUCGACGAGAAUGUGGACAAGGAAGUGAUGGCGCGGUUCCAGUUUGGUUUCAAGGCGGAGAAGCGAGGGCUCUUCUUCCUCAAGAAGGCCAAGCCGGCGGCGGUGACUUCAGCAGGUGCACAGAGUUUCGCCAGCCAGGGCUCUUGGGGGUACCCAAAGUUCGUGCAAUGGAAUGCGUUGGAGAAAUCGAAGCAUCUCAAGGGCGAUUCGUUCACCAUCAGGUGCGACCUCGCCGUCCUCAAGAGGGUCCGCAUCGAGGGGACUGCCCAGGAAGCAGCUCCAAAGUUCGUCGACGUUCCCCCGUCCGACCUGAAGCAGCACCUCAGCGGCCUCUUCCUCGCCGGAAGCGGCGCGGACGUCGUGUUCGAGGCUGGUGGCGAGACAUUCCCGGUGCACCGCUGCGUGCUCGCGGCACGGUCGCCGGUGUUCAGCGCGGAGCUCUUUGGCUCGAUGAAGGAGGGUAGCGCCAACGAUCUGGUCCGCAUAGAUGGCAUGGAGGCGCAGGUGUUCAAGGCUCUGCUCUGCUUCGUCUACACGGAUUCGCUGCCGGAGAUGGGAAAAGAAGAGGAAGACGCCAUGUGCCAGCACCUGCUUGUCACGGCGGACACGUAUAACAUGGAGAGGAUGAAGUUGGUUUGUGAAGACAAGUUGUGCAAGCACAUCAAUGUAGGCACGGUGGUGAACAUCCUGGCACUGGCUGAACUGCACGGCUGCCCCGGGCUCAAGACUGCAUGCAUCCAUUUUCUCAGCUCUCCGGCAAAUCUGAGGGCAGUCAUGGCCAGCGACGGCUUCGAGCAUCUAAGCACAACCUGCCCCUCUGUUGCCAAGGAGUUGAUCGCCAUGUCUUCCGCACCUUAG